AUGCGAGCAAUGGUCGGACAGGGUAGCUGGCGCUGUCGGGCCAUCACGAUAGACCCAAGAAACGCGGAUAGGAUCCGGGUCAUUUGUCGCGACGAUGCUGAGCACAAGCUUGUCAAGCAGAUUGUGGAAAAGAGCUUCGGCUCUGGAACACGCAUGCUACGAAACGAGCUCUACCCCGUGAAGGUAGAUAAUGUGAAGCGAACUGAGGUACUGGAUGAGAAGGGCAAUGUCCGGGCUGAAGCGGCGGAGGCACUUAGCCGAGAAAACGAGACUACCGUUGCCAAGAUAUCUUGGCUUAGCAAGAAAGACAUGCCCAAGGCGUAUGGGUCCAUGGCCGUGAUCGUGACCAAGGCCGGUGAUGUGCGUAGACUCAUCUCCGAGGGCUUCUUCCACGUUGGAGGAGAGCCCGGCAUGCCGAUGACGUUUGAGCGGCGGCCACGUCCUCAACAUUGCUACAACUGCCAGCAGAUCACCAGGCACAAGGCGUAUCAGUGCGCAAACCCCCAGGUGUAUGGACGAUGUGCCAAGGUAGGCCACCACCAUUCUGAAUGCCGUGAGACGAUCGUGACAUGCGUGCCUUGUGGCGGACCGCACGAGUCGUUCAGCAAGAACUGUCCGAAGCUGUAUCCGCGCUCCCAUGAGUAG